AUGAAAGAGGCAGGGGAUACGACGGAAGAAACGAUCAAUGCUUGUCUACAGGCAUCCUCUGGAAUAUCGGGAGGGCUCUUGUCCAAAAUGCGCAUUGGCUUGCAGUCGUCGUCGCCGGAAAACAUCUUGUUUCAAGCGUUGAAUGGCUUUGGGGAAAAUGAGAAUCACAACAACAACCAGGAAGAUGAAAAUGACCAGCGCAACAAUCCCCGAACAGUUGCAACCCUUCAUGAUUUCUUGUACGAACCGACGCAGCAAAGUAUUUCCAUCCGAACGAGACGUUUAUUGGCCAUGGGGGAUGCGGAUGCUGCGCUGGAAUUGAUUGAAUCGGGAAUGGAAGGAAGGACAAAACUUCGAGCAUAUCGGCAGGUGUUCAGUCUUUUCUUAGGUAACGGCGACAUCCCCAAGGCUAUUUCGUUGUUUGAGGAGAUGAAACUUGCCCACAAGGACGUGCCACUGGAAGGAGAUACGUUUGUGCAGCUUCUUGCCACUCUGGCAGAGAAGGGCUAUUUUAGCAGCGAUGGAUCGAAACGGUUGAAAAACACAGAAUCCUACUCGCACCCUGGGGGGCCAGAUCUCUUUGAAGAAAUAGUCAGUGACAUGGCGUUGUACGUCGACUCCCUCUCCUCGGCAUCCGCAAUGCGUUUACGAAAAGCUUUUGUUCGGGCUUGCCACGGCCAUGAUGAGAAGUCGGAAGAGUUACACAACACUUCGCUUGUUCCGCUCGCACCAACCUUCGAGCCAGCAGAAGCAAACACUCUGAUUGCCGAUCGAGUGACUAUCGAUCCAUCUACUGGUCUUUGCAUUCGAAUUCACGGAGUCCGGCAUUUUUCCAAUGAUGGCAAAAAGCCCACUUCGUCCUCGCUGUUGCGUGCUCUGCUGUCAGAAGAAAAGGAAAAAGUUCCAAAACGAAAAGUACAAAGAAAGAAACCAAAAAAGAAGAAACAAGACGGUCGGUCGACUGCCUUGGAUUUGCUCCGUUCACUUGAAAAAGCCACCAAGGCACCAGCAUUGGCAAACAGUAACAGUUCUGUGGGCCAGCAGCCGACCAAUAAUCAUAAGGAGCAGCCUCGUCAUCCAAGCAGCACAAGUGCCAUUGACUCUUUUUUCCACUCGAGAGGUCGUCCUUCCGAUCCUCACCGAGAAUCCUGGAGAAAUGCACAACAACGACAACAGCGCAAUAGCGUUCGAAACCAGGCAGCUGACAAUGGUCGUUGGCAAGAAACCUUUUUGGGUACUAAUACCCAAGGCAAAGGGAGAAGCAAGGAUCAUCCAGUGCCAGCAAUAGGAAACAGCAGCAGUCACAGUCAAAAGUCAAUAUUUGAUGUAUUUUCACUACCACAAGAUUCGUCCAUUCAACGAAGUCCCACCGCCUUUGAUGCCGAGGCGUACGAUACAUUCGAGGCUCUCCUCGAGAUUUACCUGCAGGAACGUGACAAUCAACACAACAAAAACAAUGACGAUUCGACGAGUCACAAUCAUCAACUGAGCCAUGACCAGAAAAAUGAGGUGCUUCGCUGGAUUCGACUGGACGAACCACAAGUCAAGGUGGAUGUGCCUGUGCUCACCACGCUGUGCGAGGACGGACGACUCCCUGGCGACGGAGAGGAAUUGGAAAAGAAACAUCUUUUGCAAGAACUCGAGAAACGAUCCUCUGCAUUUCAAAAACAACUUAACUGGAAUAGUCGACAGUACAACUACGCCUUGGGCAUACUGCAAGAACUGGCAGUCUUGUCGCACACUCGAUACAAAGUACGGGCAAUCGCCAUUCUUUGGGAAAAAAUGAAAGAGGCAGGGGAUACGACGGAAGAAACGAUCAAUGCUUGUCUACAGGCAUCCUCUGGAAUAUCGGGAGGGCUCUUGUCCAAAAUGCGCAUUGGCUUGCAGUCGUCGUCGCCGGAAAACAUCUUGUUUCAAGCGUUGAAUGGCUUUGGGGAAAAUGAGAAUCACAACAACAACCAGGAAGAUGAAAAUGAUACCAGCGCAACAAUCCCCGAACAGUUGGCAACCCUUCAUGAUUUCUUGUACGAACCGACGCAGCAAAGUAUUUCCAUCCGAACGAGACGUUUAUUGGCCAUGGGGGAUGCGGAUGCUGCGCUGGAAUUGAUUGAAUCGGGAAUGGAAGGAAGGACAAAACUUCGAGCAUAUCGGCAGGUGUUCAGUCUUUUCUUAGGUAACGGCGACAUCCCCAAGGCUAUUUCGUUGUUUGAGGAGAUGAAACUUGCCCACAAGGACGUGCCACUGGAAGGAGAUACGUUUGUGCAGCUUCUUGCCACUCUGGCAGAGAAGGGCUAUUUUAGCAGCGAUGGAUCGAAACGGUUGAAAAACACAGAAUCCUACUCGCACCCUGGGGGGCCAGAUCUCUUUGAAGAAAUAGUCAGUGACAUGGCGUUGUACGUCGACUCCCUCUCCUCGGCAUCCGCAAUGCGUUUACGAAAAGCUUUUGUUCGGGCUUGCCACGGCCAUGAUGAGAAGUCGGAAGAGUUACACAACACUUCGCUUGUUCCGCUCGCACCAACCUUCGAGCCAGCAGAAGCAAACACUCUGAUUGCCGAUCGAGUGACUAUCGAUCCAUCUACUGGUCUUUGCAUUCGGUCCGGAGCGAGGCUCAGGCAAAUUGUCCUGAACAAGUCCCAAAAGACGCAGCUGAAAGACAGUUUGCUCAAACGAAUGGGAAGCAAGCGAGCCAUCGAGGCGAUGUCGUCUUUCUGCGAUUGGCUGAGUACCCGGGAAGGCCGCCCUUUCACCGUGAUUGUAGACGCUGCCAACAUUUGCUAUUUCAUGCAGAAUUUUGAUGGGGGAAAGUUUAACUUCCAUCAGAUUCGUUUCGUCGUGAAAGCAUUAGAAGAAAUUGGAGAGUCUCCAUUGGUCGUGAUGCCAGCGAAGUAUCUACGAAAACAGUUCAGGAUUAACUUGGGAACGAGCUCCAGGUUUCAAAAAGUGUCUCCAGAAGAAAGGGCGUUUCUAGAUGACCUUGAAAAUGCCGGGACGCUAUACGCUGUGCCAGAGGGCUGUCUUGACGAUUACUUUUGGAUUGUCGCUAGCGUCUCGGACCAAGAAAACAGUACUCCGGAGAAUUUGGAGACUGCCGGAGUCGAGGUGUCGCGGAGAUGGUCAGGUGCUCGCCCGGUGAUAGUAACCAAUGAUCAGAGUCGAGAUCACCGGGACCAGGAGAUUCAGCUUCUUGAGCCGAUGUUGUUCAAUCGAUGGUAUAGCACCAGCAUUGUGAACUACAGCUUUACUGGAUUUGUCGACGAUGUUUGCGUGGAUCCUGAGAUUGUAUUCAAUCCCACUGACGCAUUCAGCAGAGAAAUCCAGUGCAAUGUCUCCAUGGACGGGAGAAAAUGUUGCCAUUUUCCUGUGCAUGACUGGGAAGGCUCUGACUGGUUUUGUCUACGAAUUCCCAGCAGUGUGGUGCCGUGA